AUGGGCAUCCAUGCUGUUAGCGUCAUGCUAGAGGCUCUCAAUAGAGAUGCCCAACAUGCUACUAUCGCCAAGUUCAUUCGAAAUGAACUUGACGCUGAACGCGAGAAAGUAGCCUUGCUUCACCAACAAGGCUCUCAACAAUCAGAGUUGUUGAGAGAGCAGGGUGCUCAACAGUUUGAACUGUUGAGACAGCAACAGGCUGCUGCUGGUGGUUCGAUGCAUUCGCGUCGACCCGAAACCUUGAAGAUUGACAUCUCCAAGUAUAGGGGAGUCGAAGAGGAAUCCCUCUUGAGAUGGUUUGUCAAAUUGGAUGACGCCAUAAGGGCGCGUCGCAUCGACUACGGGGAUAUGCAAGUUGCAUUUGCCCAGUCAAAUCUGGCAGAAAAUGCCAAGACUUGGGCUUUGGGGCUCAAGUUGCACGACCCAUAUGCGUUUGGGUCGUUGGAAGUCUUCAAGUCGCGGCUCAGACAAACGUUUGAACCGCCUAGAGCUGAGUUCAGAGCUCGAACCGAACUCUUGAAGCUCAAGCAGGGUAAAUGUGAUGUGCACGCUUACGCGCAACAUAUACGACAUCUUACGAGUUGUAUAAGUUCCAAUCCGGUGGAUGAACACACGUUGGUUUCGGUGUUCAUGCAGGGUCUUGCGGAUGGUCCCGUCAAGACUCACCUGUUCCGGCUUGAACUAGAUUCACUAGAACAAGCCAUUUCCAUUGCGGAACAGGAAGACUCAGUCUGA